GUGUAUUUUUCCGCCGGUGUGACACAGAAACCCGGAACCUUUUGUGCGGCUCACUUUUCUUUACCGAGUGUUUUUCAUGUAACACAGGAGCGUUCAGAAAGAUGGCGGCCUCCGUGGAAAAGCCACAUGUGGAGAUUGAACUAGACUCAGAAGAAGAUGACAUGAGUGAGAGCAGCGAGAAUGAGGAAAGAAGUGAAGAAGAGGAAUCAGCUGAUGGAAGCCAUGAAGAAGGAUCAGGAGAGAAAGGCAGUGAGGAAGAGGAGUCAGCUGAUGGAGGUGAUGAAGAAGAGAGAUCAGCUGAAGGAGGGAGUGAAGGAGAACAGGAAGAAAAUGAGAAAGAACAAAAUGGAGAGGAUGAGACGAAUCCCAAUGCGGGCUGGGCAGAAGUCAUGGCCAAAAUCCUGGGGAAGAAAACACCCGAGGACAAGCCCUGCAUCCUGCUGAAAAACAAACAGCGGGACAAGCUCAAUGCAAAGGAGAGGAAGGAAAAACUGGAGAAGAAGAAACAGGCAGAUAAAAAGAGAGCGUGGGAGAUGAUGUGUCGAGUGAAGCCAGAUGUAGUGCGGGAUAAAGAGAAGGAGAGGAAUCUGCAGAGAAUUGCUACCAGAGGUGUAGUGCAGUUGUUCAAUGCAGUGCGGCAACACCAGAAGAAUGUGGACGAAAAGGUGAAGGAAGUCGGGGGAUCUGAGAGGAAGAAGGCAAAGGUCCUUUCCUCAAUAUCAAAGAAAGACUUCAUUGACGUAUUGAGAAGAUCUGCUGGCUGUAACACGGAGGCCAUAAAGACGGAAAAAUCAGUGUCUGAAGAGCAGAAAGAGGAGAAGCCAGCCUGGAGUGUCCUGAGGGAUGAUUUCAUGAUGGGCUCAUCCAUGAAGGAUUGGGAUAAGGAGAGUGAUCCAGAGGAGAGACAUAAGGAGCCAGAGGGUGCAGAGGACUUCAACAGUGACUCAGACUGAGAUAAACACCAUUCGUGUGUGUGUGUGUGUGUGUGUGUGUGUGUGUGUGUGUGUGUGUGUGUGUGUCUAUGUGGAAUCACUUCCAUACGCCCAUCCAGCACAUGCUGUGUGUCUCACGUGUGAGGUGGACGGACCACAAUUCACAGACCCUGCUUUUAAGCAAGGGAUCCUGUUAGCCACAGUCCUGUGUAUUUGCUCAUAUAGCUGAGAUUGGAUUGGGCAGAUUCCAAGGUGUGUGAUGCUCUUUUUGGACACUGAAAUCCUGAUGUAUAUCAACACUUUAGGGAUUUUUCUACCCAGAGAAUUCCAUAAUACUGGUGUUUAACAUUUUCUGCUUAAGCAAUGUACAUAAUUCUUUUUGAUUACAGGCCAUAUUCCGGGAAUAAAAAUGACCUUUUACUUA